UUAAUCUUUGGCGACAGCGGUGGCAGAACGCGAAGCGACAUAGAGACAGUGAACCAUUGCAUCGUAGAUUUGACGUGUAAAAUCGCUUCAAACGCGAGGCGGAGAGAGAAUGGAUCUACCUGCCGUCGGGGAGCAUGUCUUCGCGGUGGAGGGCAUCGAGAAGAAGCGACUACGGAAGGGCAGAUUCGAAUAUCUGGUGAAGUGGCGAGGAUGGUCAGCCAAAUAUAACACAUGGGAACCCGAGGAGAACAUUUUGGAUCCGCGGCUUCUUGUCGCUUUCCAAAACAGAGAGAGACAAGAGCAGUUGGUGGGAUAUCGUAAAAGAGGGCCCAAACCCAAGCACACCCUGGUCCAGCUGCCUGCCUUUGCUCGCACAUCCAGCAUCAUGGGUGGUCUUCAGGACACAUCAUUGGACGAAGAGAACCAGCCCAAAGUGGACUCACUUCAGUUCCACCGACCACGGCUGCAGCACUACCAGAUGAACAGUAAAAAACACCAUCAGUACCUGCCCAGCUGCAAGGAGAUACCGGCAGAAGCACACAUCCGCGGGAAAAAGAAACACUUCUACCAGCUAAAUAGCAAAAAGCAUCAUCAUUACCAGCCAGACCCUAAGAUGUAUGACACACAGCUCACAGGACCCAAAGAGGCCAAGGGUCAAGAUCCUUCCAACAAAGGGUGGAACCUCCCUCCAGCCCUGCAACAGAAGUGGAUACGGAACAAAGACUCAGGCUGCCUGAGCAAAGUGAAGGAUCAGUCCGUUGAGCCUAAAGGACUGCCGGAUAAUGCUAACAAAGCAGAACGGGCACUUAAGACAAGUUCUAAAGAGUUUAUGCUUCCGAACAGCCUCCGCAGUAAGAUGAAAAUCAUCAAGAAUAAAAACAAAAACGGCCGAAUCGUCAUUGUGAUGAGCAAAUACAUGGACAAUGGUGUGCACUCAUCUAGAGUUAAAAACAGGGAUGCUUCUGAAGUGGAAAAAGCACAACACAAAGAGGAAUCUGUUAAGAAUCAUGCAUACAAUCGGCCUGACGGUGGCACAUCAGAUCAAGCACAGGGUCAUAAGAAUGGUUCUAAUGAGAACAACUGCAAAGUUUCUCCUGCUAGUGAGUGUUUUCAUAAAGAGGUCCAUGAAGCGUUUGAACUUCCAAAGGCUAAGCCUAUGCAAACAGAAGAAACAGUGGACAUGGUAAGCGAUCAGAUGGAAAUAUGUAAAGAUCAACGGAACUCCUCAUCCAUGAUAGUGGAGAAGGCUGCGCCAUCCCACACGGACACCAAUCUCAGUCACCGUAAGCGGACCCUUUCGGACCCCAGUGAGGACGAAAGAGUUUGUAAGCAGUUCUUCUGUCAGAGGAGCAUCAGUGCACCAAGUACAGUUAUCUCGUCCCCUCAGACAGAACCUAUAAACUUACAUUACAGAGGCUGGCAAACCAGCAGAAGUUGUAGUUAUGACUUUACCGACACAAUUCUGGAAGAGCCCAUUGACUUAAGCUGUGGUCCAACAAGAACUCCAAAACCGUUUCAAACAGAUGUUCCUUCUGCAAUGGACAAGGUUUCAGAAAGCCCUAAGAAGGCUCAGAACACGGACAAUCAUUUUAAACCAUUUGUGGGAAAUGUUAUAAUCACAGACAUCACAACGAAUUGCUUAACCGUGACCUUUAAGGAAUACGUUCCAGGACAGUGAAAGUUCAUUGGAUGAACCUGCUCAAAAACGGAUGCGUAUCAAAUGCACUGAUUAUAGCCAUUCCUGAAGACAUAUUUACAUGUUUAUUAAAGCAAAUAAACCAUUUAUAUAUAAAUAUAAUUGUCAAAUAAGAAAACUAUAUAUAUGUAGGGUUUAUUCGUUUAGACUGAAUGUGUUUUGUAAUGCAUAAAAUCGAGAUGGUCGGUAGUUUCAGGGUAAAUCCAAGGAAAGUGAAAUUGAAGCCACAUACAUGUACAGUGUUCAAUACCUUGUAUAAAGCUUUGGAUUGUUAUGAAUUUUUACCAAUCUGAGGAAAUGGCUGCCUAAUGGAGAGCGCACCAGUGGCGGACGGGCCAUAAGGAGAACCGGGACUUUUCCCGGUGGGCCGGCCACGAAACGGGCGAACCUUCGGGGUCGAUUUCUCUUCCCCAGUGAAGCUUAAAGGAAUAUUCCAAGUUCAAUGCAAGUUAAGCUCAAUCGACAGAAUUUAAUGCAUGAAAAAAGCUAAAUUUUAGGUUACAGAGAGACACUAACAAUUGAGGUGAAGAGGGACACAUUUUGGAGGAUUUAAAGUCCUUACAUUCAUUAUUGUGUGAAAAUUUAGAGCUGUAAAGUUGUUUAAAUUGUCGCUUUUACAGUUGUUUUAGGUAUUCAGGAUUUAUGCCGUUAUGUUGUCACGGCAACGAAGUUGUAAAAUUGGCUAUAACUUUAAACUGAAAAGGUUAGUUAGUGAUUUUAUCACACUAAAAUCAUAUUUACUUGCAUAUUGUUUAUACCUUAUAACUAUACUUUUAAAGUAUUAAUGUAUUAUACUUAUAGUGAGUAUUUUAAUGUUUACAUAUUGGCCCCCAUUCACUUCCAUUGUAAGUGCCUCCCUGUUACCUACCAAGUCAAAAUACAUUUUUUGGUGAUCAACAUUAUGCCACAAAUGAUGUCGAUUGAGCUUAACUUGUAUUGAACCCGGAAUAUUUCGUCAAUGUUGAAUGCAUUUACCCACAACUUUAAAUGCCCAUGACAAUUGGAUAGUUUGAUUUAUAUGGACAUUGUGAAUCAACGUACCUUAAAUCAUCUUAUACAAAAGUAAUGACAGAAUUAUUCUCCGAUUGUUUGGGAUUUAAGACAUUUUCAGUACAUAUAAUCUAUUCAUCUUGAGUUGCUUGUCAUCAGAAAUGUACCGUAUAUGAAUACCCACCGUUGACCUGUGAGGUCUUGUGCAAUUCUAGAUAAACAACUGGAUUUUUUUGAUGUUCCCUACCCGGAAGACGUUUAAGUUGCACUUUAUCAUCUCUUGGAAAUGUUUUGAUAUUGAACUCAAUAAAAAUCCAAUAAAA